UCUGUGGUUGUUGCUAAACAAAGCAGACGACAUUCAACGAAGUGGUGUACUAGCAAAUGAAUGCAUGACGCGCGGAAAGUACUUGUCUGGUCAUUUCAGCUCUUUGAUAUCUGAACAAAAAUUACAUCAUCUGGAAAGCCGGGUUCAGUUUUUCUUGGAAGCGAGUAACGAAAGUGUACGAAUAUUGUACUCAUCCCAUCGAAUAAUCUGACAGAGCAGUUAAGGCGACUUUUUUUUUUAUAUAGUCGCUCGGCCUUGUUAAUUAUGAAGGCUGUCAUCCAGAGAGUAUUAAAAGCAAGUGUAACAGUUGAUGGAGAGGUUAUCAGCUCCAUAGGAAAAGGAUUAUGUGUUCUUGUCGGAAUUUCAAGAGAUGACACAGAGGCAGAUAUGGAGUACCUAGCUCGUAAACUUUUAAAUCUUCGAAUAUUUGAAGAUGACAAUGGAAAGAGGUGGAAUCUAAGUGUAAGAGAUAAAAACUUAGAAAUCUUGUGUGUCAGUCAGUUCACACUGUAUCAUGUACUAAAAGGUAACAAACUAGACUUCCACUGUGCAAUGCCUGCAGAGAGCUCAGAGGAAUUUUAUAACCGAUUUCUUAAACUGCUGAGAACUCAGUACAAGGAUGAUUUUGUAAAAGAUGGAAAGUUUGGUGCUUACAUGACCGUGAACAUUGAGAAUGAUGGACCUGUAACAGUUGAACUUGAAUCUCCCUCAAAGAAAAGUAAAGAGGGUGAUGGACAAAACUAAUUUUAAAUUGGAUUGUUAUUCUUAUUUCUGUAAUUUAAGAAUAAAUUUCUGAAAUGGAGAUUACAUAAAAUAUGGAAA